AUGAUAGGUACCGAUUCCUAUCGAAUAAUUAUAGAACUAAAUACCCCUAAAGAGUCCGACUCUUGUGACUAUAGAGACUCUCCGAUAAACAUCACGUCAAUUGAUAACCCAACAGAAUUUAAAAUUUCCACGAAAGCAAACUCAUCAGAGAUGUCCUCGGAAUCAAUUGAACCAUUAAGGGCCAAGUUCUUAGGAGAAGGCGUUAUUAGACUAUUCCGAGAAUUCGAAGAAGAGGAAGAGGAAAGUGGGACUGAUUUUGUGACCUCUUCUAUUAAAGUGACUAAUGAUGGAGAUGAUACAAUGGUAUCAAUUAUUGCAGUUCCUACAUAUUUUACUGCAACCGAUUUAUUAGGGUUCAUUGGAGAAUCUUAUAUGAAGUACAUUACUCAUAUUAGAAUAUUGAAGAGUGAAAAACCAAAUCGUUUUUUAGUAUUGAUAAAGUUUAAUGAUAUUUUAAAGACAGCCGAGUUUCAACUUAAUUUCAAUGGGAAACCGUUUAAUUCUAUGGAACCUGAAUCUUGUCAUGUUAUUUUCGUAAAAUCUGUUCAUUUUGAAGCAAGAAGUUUGACAGAAAAUGAUACUAUUCCAGAAGUUUCUAAAAGUUUAAUUCCUUUUUUAUUAACAGACCCGUUUACAUCACCUUCGCUUAAUGAUUCUGCAUCAUCUAAUGAUGAGACGUUAAUAGAAUUACCUACAUGUCCUGUAUGUUUAGAAAGAAUGGAUUCGGCAGUUACAGGAUUAUUAACAAUAGCAUGUCAACAUACAUUUCAUUGUCAAUGUUUAUCUAAAUGGUCAGACGAUACGUGUCCCAUAUGUAGGUAUUCAAACAAUGUGUCUAAUCAAAAAGUUCGGAGGUCUAUUCGUAGAUUACUGCAAUACAACAAUUCCCGUUUACAACAAUUACAACAACAACAACAACAACAAUUUGAAGGUGCAUCGUCAUCAUCACUAGAUGCAAGUGCCAGUGGAGGAGGAUCAGAAGCAGUGAUAGAAACCAAUGAACACUGUAUGGAUUGUUCUAAUAUCACAAAUUUAUGGAUAUGUUUAAUUUGUGGGAAUGUAGGUUGUGAUAGAUACGCACCUGAACAACAUUCCUUAAAGCAUUUUAUUAAUAGUGGUCAUUGUUUUGCUAUGGAAUUAAAUACUUCUCGGGUGUGGGAUUAUGCCGGGGAUAAUUAUGUACAUCGAUUGGUUGCUAAUGAAUCAGAUGGGAAGAUAGUUGAAUUGCCAGAGAAAAAUAGCCGUUCUUCAAAUGGUAUUGAUAACAAGAAAAAUAUUGAUGCAAAUUUUAAUGAAAAUUUUGAUAAAAUUGAUGAAGUUGGAUUUGAAUAUUCUCAAUUAUUAAUAAGUCAAUUAGCAAGUCAAAGGGAAUUUUAUGAAUCAUUAUUAAAUGAAAAAAGUGCUCCAAAAUCGCGUAGAGGGUCAUCUUUAACUGAUAGUACAGUAAAUCAACAAGCAUUAACAAAUAUGGAAAUUAAAGUUGAAGAAUUAACUUCAAAAAUGGAGCAGUUAACAACCAAAACUAUUCCAAAUUUAAAAACAAAAAUAUCAAACAAAGAUAACAAGAUUCAACAACUCGCUAAGGAUCUUAAUAGUUCUAAUAUCCUCAAUGACGCACUUUCUAAAAAGAUUGACACGUUAACUUUGGAAAAGAACAAGUUGGAAAAUACCAACAAAGAUCUAACCGAACAGGUUAAUGAUUUAAUGUUUUACCUCGAAAGUCAAGAAAAGUUUAAAAACGAGCCCCAAGACGUUAGAGAUGGUACCGUUGUCAUAAAGGAUACUCCCAACCGUAGUUCAGCUAGCUCAAAAAAGAAGCGAAAAUAGAUACCCCGUUGACAUUCAUCGUAUCCGUUUUGAAGCAUAAGCGAGAAUUAAUUCGUUGUACAGCUGGCGUUUUUUUGUUUUUUUGAUUUUUUUUUCACUUUUUUGUUUGUUUUUAG